AUGUCAAUUGCCGUUGAUUACGUAGGUUAUAUGCUUGAUAUAUGUGAAAAAAUAAUUGUUAUUUCGUCCGUUGACAUUCGAUGUGAUGAUGCAUUAGUAAAUCCAUUCCAAGAUUCAGCUAACACAUACGUUCAAUUACAAGAACGUCAUACACGUCCAAAUGAAACAGUAACAAUAACAAAAUUAAAGAAAAAUCAAUCAUCCUAUAGUGUACCUGAAUGCGAUGAAAAAUGUACUAACUUUUGUCAACAACAUUUAAUUGCUUAUUAUCAUGAGCGUCAGCGACAUUGCUAUUCCUAUCAUCUAUGUGAAGCUAUUGAAAUAACAAAAAAAUUCAGUUAA